UCUCCACUUUCCUUCAUUUUCCUCCCUCACUUUCUCUCUAAUCCUAACCCCUCUCUCUCUCUUUCUCUUUCUCUUUCUCUUUCUCUUUCCUUUCUGAGCUGAGCAAAUUCAAAGACCAAAGACACAAUAGCACCCUUUUCUGGGCUUCUGAUUGUAGACUUUUUUCUCUCAACCUUUCCUCCAAAAAAACACUACACUCCAGCUGUGUACAACAAUUUUAGGUUGUUUUUCCCACCUUAAUUCUGGUUUUUCUUGAUCAUUCCAUUCUUUUCUUGGAGGGUUUCAUCUCCAAUUCUCUGCCAUGGAGAAAGACAGCAUGUUCUUGAGCGAUGAAAGCACAAUGCCAUAUGGGAUUGGAAUUCAGGCCAAUGAACUGCACAACUGUUUCUUCAAUCCUAAUUGGGAGAGCCCAAUGGAUCAGAGGGACUUGUUGGGGUCUUCUCUAAGCUCAAUGGUGUCCUCUCCUAGUAAUGGUGGAAAUGGGAAUUUUGUGCUGAGAGAAUUGAUUGGCAGAUUGGGUGAAAUUUCCCCUUCCUAUGCUGAUAACACACCAUUGAGCUCACCCCCAAAGCUCAGCAAUAUUUCAAUGGUGGAUCAUCAUCAGGGUCAGAUCAGGGCCACCUUGCCAUUCCCACAGUUCUCCACUGACCCUGGCUUUGCAGAGAGAGCUGCAAAGUUUUCGUGUUUUGCUAACGGGGCCGGGAUGAUGAGCCCCGGGUUGAAAGAACCCGAAUUGCAGCAAAGAAUGGUUCACAAUUUGGAAACUGGAAAGCUUUCCAGAGUUCCCAGUAAUCAGUCUAUCAAGGCCUCUGGAUCUCAGAUGGCUGAGAAGUCAGAAUUGGGCGAUUCCCGGGAGAAUUCUUCGGUUUCCGAGCAGAUCCCGGGAGGGGAAACUGCCAAUUCAAGAAAGAGGAAAGCAGCUCCAAAGGAAAAAGGCAAAGAGACAACUAAUGUUGCAUCAGAGAACAAAGAAUCGAGCGCCAAGCGAAACAAGGCAGAAGAGGAUGCAAACAAGAAACAGAACAGUAAAGACAAUCCAAAGCCACCAGAGCCACCAAAGGACUACAUUCAUGUCAGAGCAAGAAGGGGCCAAGCCACUGAUGCUCACAGUCUAGCAGAAAGAGUCAGAAGAGAAAAAAUCAGUGAAAGAAUGAAACUUUUACAAGAUCUUGUGCCUGGCUGCAACAAGGUGACUGGAAAAGCUGUAAUGCUUGAUGAGAUCAUAAACUACGUGCAAUCGUUGCAACGACAGGUUGAGUUUCUUUCGAUGAAGUUGGCGACAGUGAAUCCAGCAAUGGAAUCCAACAUGGGAGCUCUUCUAACCAAGGAUAUCAUUCUCCAAUCCCGCGGAUCAGUGCAUCACAGCAUGUUCCCAACAGAUGCAUCCUAUGGGCAAAAUUUGCAUAGUGUCAUGUCCUCCAUAACCCCAUUGAGCAGAAACCUAGGAAUGGGAUUGCCUCCUCCAAUGGGAAAUUUUGUUGAAAAUCCCUCUCAGGUUUCGACGUUCUUCGAGAAUGACCUCAACAAUGUUGUCCAAAUGUGCAUUGGCCAAAACCAGGCUGAGAAUGUUCAUGGGAAUAUGACAACAGGAGCUCAAAUGAAAGUAGAGAUAUGAUCAGAUCAGAUAAUAUUCAAAGUUUCAAACAAUUUGUUUCACAUCAUUCAUUUUUGAGGCCACCCCAAAAUGACAGAGGCUUCUGUAUGUACAGAUCAGAGACUUGGAACUUGGAAGUUCACUCAAGAUGAUUAUUUUUCUCUUCUAUUCUUUUUUUUUUUUCUAUAAUUUUUAGGUCAUUAAUCAAGGAAACCAUGAUUUUAUUCUUAUUGUUUUUUUUUUCUUUUUUAAUAUUUUCAUUUUAUGGGUUAACUUCUGAGUUCUGACAACAUAAAUUGGAGAAAAAACAUACAGACCAGAUGGUUGUAAGAAGUUGUGAAAUUUUUACAUUGUAACAUAUUGUAGAAUUGUAGCUUAAUGGAUGGCAAGCUAAGGUGUUUCAUAUUUGGAAGGUUGAUGAGAGAUGUGAUGUAUUAAUUAUUUCUUUGCCCUUCAAAUUUUCAUCACUAAUUUAUUGGUUAUAGAUCAUGGGAUUCCA